AUGGAGGACUACCGCGAGGCGCAGCGAGCCAAGUGGCUCCGCCAGGCCGAGAGCGGGAAAGAAGCCGCCAGAACCAGCGGAGAGGAGGACUCCGUGGGCGCCGGCUCCCAGGGCUCGGGAGCAGCCCGACCCUCCGAGGCUCCCACGGCAGGCUCGCUCUCCAAGCCGAACGCUCGCCGUGUGCACAUCUUGCCUGUCUUCCCGAGUUCCUGCGACCAGAGCCAGCGUUUGGAGAUCUUGUCACCCCUUCUGCGAAGCAUGCGAAACAAUCAGACUCCCGUGAAGACGGGGCUUUUUCUGAGACCUGCUGGAUAUGAGUUCGUCGUGGUGAAAUGCGAGCCAGAUGACGCCAUUCUAGCCAUGAACACCGACUACUUCAUUGAAGGAUCUCCGCUGAAAAGGUUCGAGAAGGUUCAGUUCAUUUGCCUUUGGGACUUCGAACGAACUCGGACAGAACAGGAUGCAACAGCCUUGUUCCAAGAGUUCAUCAACCCGUACUUCAAGAGGUUGAACUCCAACGAGGUCACGAGUAUCGUCAGUGUCAACGAACAGCUACAGAUCAAUGGCAUGGAGUUUCAGGUGAUGGCUGCCGAGCCCGUGCCACCCGAAAUAGGUAUCGUUGAUCUGAGCACUGUGGUAUUCGUCGAUUGGGACAACACGCCCGAGUUCUCCAAGAUCCACUUCGUACCCUUUCAAGACACACUGCCCGCAGCGUAUGAGUACGACAUCUUCAACGAUUACUUAAAGCCAUACCUGACACGGAACAAGCAGCAGAGCUUCGCCAUGAAUGACCAGUUCACAUUUCAGGGGGUUCAGUUCAAAGUGGUCUGCUGCGAGCCACGUGGAGAGCGAGGGCGCAUUGGCAAGAAUACGACAAUCUACUGCGAGGGAGUUCUUCACCCAUCGCUUCGCAAUCUACUUCCUCCGGAAAUGCUAGAACAGCUGCAAAGCUUGCCCCCUGGGUUGCAAAUGAUGCUGCUCAAUACGGAGGCUCUUGCUGGUGGCUACGAAGAGCGUUUGAUGGAGGUCCAGGAAAUCCUGUCCAGGCGGCACGGCAUGGCUCAGGAGGUCAUCGACCGCAUCCCAUCUUUCAGGUGGACGGAGGACCAAGGCAGACAGACGGGACAGACUCAGUGCAUGGUUUGCCUGUGUCCUUUCGAGGAGGACGACGAGGUGCGGCGACUGCCCUGUGGGCACGUUUUCCAUCGAAACUGCAUUGAUGAGUGGCUCCGCCGAUGCACGGAUUGCCCGAUCUGCAAAGCAAAUGUUGACCGGUCAGUCCGGCAGUAUUGA